CUAACCUAAGGCUUAAAAACAGACGCCUAAUUCUGUAGAAGAAACAAUCAGUCAUUUUCCUAAGGAAACUAAAAUAAAAUGAAACGCUAAACUCUUAACUUUCCCUUACCCUUCUUCAAUGUUAUUGCAACGCAGAAUGUUCCUUUUCGAGGGAAUUAGUAUUCCUCAGACAGUGUGCGUGGCUCAUUUUCUUCCCCCAAUUCCUCUAAUCUUUGAGUUCCUAGGAGAUCCUGUAACAAAUCCUCUUUCUUCCUCUAACUUUUACCCCUUUGGUCCUUCAGAACGAUGGGUUCAACCUCCGAUGGAGUUUCUUCCAUCCAAAAGGUCGAGGAGUUGCAUCCUCUCCCCUAUGCAGCCACCGUGUGCGCCGCUUCAUUUGCUCCAUGCAUUUUUAAUGACAGUCAUUGAAUCCCCUUCGACUAUUACUUCACCAAAUCCCAUUUCUUCUACAAAAACAACCCCUUUGAGACAUGCAUAUGCUUCUACAGUUGUCGAAUCUCAGACAUUUUUGACCGGGUAACCGGAGUUUCUAUUCUUGAUUUUCAUGUAUGGGCGCAGAUAUCACUUCCAUCUGUUGGAGAACUUGUUUCGCAAGAUUACAUUCUUGGAAGAUAUGGUUGACUGAUUCGUCUUCUUCACCACAUAAUGGACAUAGAGCAUCAAACCUCAGCCUACGAGCCUUUAGGUUACUUAGUGUAGGCAAAUACUUGUUUGUAAUUCUCUAUAAGCUGAUUCGUACCUUGCUGGGAACUUUUAGGCUCCAUAAUUUUGAAUAAUUUUUUUGUUGGAUCUGGAUGUAUUGUAUUUUCAUCCCAGCUUGCUUUGUUCCUCUGUAAUACACUACUUGUAACCACUUUUAGCUGUAUAUUCCCCUCGACUUGUUUGGUAUUAAAAGAAUUGUUUUAUUUAAAA